AUGAAGGGUGAUGAAUCAGUGUGUCUGCAUUUAAUUCUCCUGCUCCUUCACCAGACCUCUGUCUCCAAGAAGUUCCAGGUUCUUGCUCCAGCUGAUCCUGUUGUUGCUGAUGUUGGUGAAGAUGUUGUUCUGCCCUGUUACCUUAAACCCAACAUCAGUGCUAAGGAUAUGGAGAUCAGGUGGUUCAGGCAUCAUUCCACUGAAGCCGUUGUGCAUCUCUAUAAUGGGCAAGAGAAUGGACAUGAGAAGCAAAUGGAAUUGUAUAAAGGAAGAACAGAGCUGUUUCCAGAGGGACUGAAGAAAGGCAAUGCUUCACUAAGGCUGAAAGGAGUACGUGGCUCUGAUGAUGGACACUAUAAAUGUUUAAUUCAGUCUGAGCUGUGGUAUGAUGAUACCUCUGUUUCACUGAGAAUAAGAGCUGUAGGAACCAAUCCAAUGGUCUCUAUAGAGGGAUACAAGGAAGGGGGGAUUGGCCUGCUGUGUGAAUCUAAAGGCUGGCAUCCUGAGCCUGAACUCACAUGGCUGGACAGUGAGGGAGAAAGUCUCCCAGCUGGACCAACAAAGGUGCUCAGAGACAGUAAGGACCUCUUCACUGUGAGACAAAAUGUCAUCAUUCAGGAGGGAGAUACCAACAGCUUCACAUGUCAAGUUCUACAGCAGCAGCUCAGACUGGAAAAGGAGACAGUGAUUCAGAUCCAUGGAUCAGGCUGUGUCAGGAUGGGCGCAGAAGUGAAGCGGCCUUUCAGGUUGCGAAAUGCUGCCUCGGCUGCCGGGGUCCAGGAGAAUGCCCUGUUGGUAGAUGUCAGGGCCGAAGGAGAUGGUGUCUCGGUGGAACUCGCUCUUCUCAGCCUUGACGUAGAGGUGAUUCUCCAGCAGGCGCUGGAGAACGCAACGGACAUGCCGGACGUGUUCGGACAGGGAGCGAGAAAAAAUGAGUAUGUCGUCGAGCGGGACACGGGGAAGAUGCAGGCGGGCCGCCAGGUCAGCGUUGAUGAAGCUCCCAUCGGCCCCCGAGUCAAUCAGGACGGAGACCGCGUGAGGCUGAUCCUCGACGAGCAAGUGGAUGUGAGUCUGGAUCCUGACACUGCAAACCAGUGGCUCAUCCUAUCUGAAGAUGGGAAACAAGUAAGAAUAGGAGACACAUGGCAGAAUCUCCCUGACACCCAAGAGAGGUUCACUUCUGUUCUAUGUGUCCUGGGAAAGGAGAGUGUUUCCUCAGGGAGAAUUUACUAUGAGGUACAGGUUGGGGACAACACCGGGUGGACUAUAGGAGUGGCCAAAGAGUCCAUCAACAGAAAAGAAUCAGAAGAAGUUGCAGUGAGCCCUGAGAAUGGUUACUGGACUGUGGGGCUGACAAAUGAAAUUGAGUACAGAGCUCUGACUGACUCCCCAGUUCCCCUCCCCCUGACACUGAAGCCCCAGUGUAUAGGGGUAUAUGUGGAUUAUGAAGGGGGUCAGGUCUCCUUCUACAGUGUGCAGCCCAGGUCUCAUAUCUUCUCCUUCAUUGGUUACACAUUCACUGACAAACUGUACCCCCUCUUCAUCCUUGGUGGUAAUAAUGGUGCAAACUCAGACCCUCUAAUAAUCUCUCUUGUCAGUGACACAGCCUGA